AUGGGAAGUCGCCUGCGAACUGUCAGAAAAUCUGCCAAACUUGGAGGAAAAGGAAAACUAACAGAGGCCCUUAUUAGAAAACUGACAAAAAAUGCAGAAGGCUAUAAUGGCCACUUUUUUCAUAUAAUAUCCACCGACAAAAAGCCGCUCCAUCAAAACUGUUCGGCAGGAUUUGACUCGUGGUGUAAAUGGCGCAUCGCAGAGGCUGCAGGUGAUAUAAAAAACCACAGACACCCACCUGCACUUCAUCCGGACGUUCAAAAGAAAAUUCUUCCAAUUUAUAAAGAUUUGUCACGUCUGGAUUUGUUAGAAAGAUGCUUAGGGGCCCAUACGCAGAACGCAAAUUAGAGUUUUACCACCGUGUGGCGUCUGGUACCUAAGCAUUUACAUUGCGUCUUCAAAAUUGUUGAAAUCGCUUCCUUCUUCGCUGCUGGACAAUUUAACGAGGGAUACAGUUUUGUUCUACAAUUGAUGCAAGAGUUGGGCUUAGUGAUUGGGCAUAAAUGUAAGAUGUUCGCCAACGUGUACGACGCGCAGCGGCUGAAGAGACAAGAGCGUCGCAACUUCAGCAGUACCAGAGAGGCACGAAUUGCAAGGAAGGAAAAGAAUGCGACCUUACUUGAACAGUUUGAGGAAGAGGAGGGUCUACUGUAUGGGCCUGGUAUAGCGGAUUAA